AUGACAUCCAAAACCCCUGACCCCGUUGAGGACAAGGAUGCCCUAGACUUGCUAGAGUCAGAGUCCAAGGAGUUUGACAAGGAUGCCGAGAUCGAUCGUAUCCUGAAGGCCUUCCGCCUAGAUGCCUACGCCGUGCUCGACCUGCAACCGGGCGUGCCCGAGUCGGACAUCAAGAUGACGUACCGCAAGAAGUCGCUGCUGAUCCACCCGGACAAGACCAAGAACCCCUUGGCGCCGGACGCCUUCGACCGGCUGAAGAAGGCGCAGACAGAACUGAUGGACGAGAAGCACCGCGAGCGGCUGGACGAGGCCAUCGCCGACGCGCGCAUGCUGCUGAUCCGCGAGAACAAGUGGACCGUCGACAGCCCCGAGCUCAAGACGCCCGCCUUCGCCAAAUCCUGGCGCGACAAGUCCCGCGAGGUCCUCGUCGACAACGAGCUGCGCCGCAAGCGCCAGAUGAAGGCCCAGAUGCAGGAGGAGGGCCGCGAGCAGCGCCGCGCCGACACGGAGCUCGAGGAGCGCAAGCGCAAGCGCCAGCACGAGCAGGACUGGGAGUCCACCCGCGACCAGCGCAUCGACAGCUGGCGCACCUUCCAGAAGGGGGGCAAGUCGAGCGGCGGCGACGGGGGCAAGAAGAAGAAGAAGCUCAAGCCGAUCGGCUGA